AUGGACGAGGAAUGCAAAGAGCUCUGCCCAUAUGAAUCUGUCUGUUGCCCACAGCGUUGUCUGUGGGAUGAAGUGACCGUGCAAGAUGUCCAACAAUGGGAUGAAGAAGACACAUACCAGGAAGUUGCCCCCUGCGGAGCUGUGGUAAAGCAGAAGGUGCACCACUGGAAUGUUGGUGCAACAGUGGAGUGGCCAGAUGGGACACAGCAAGAGGUGUCCCGGUUUGGGGAACGUGUGACAGUACAAGACGACGUGGACAGCUGCUGCCGAGAGGUGUCCCUGUGGGAAGAAGAGGUGGCAGGCCCACGGCUGUGCCCAUGGGCAAAGUGUGUGCCAGAGCCAUGCCAAUGGGACGAUGAUGAUGACGACAUAUGCCCAGAGCUGAUCCGGUGCUGUACGCUGUCCCCGUGCCCAGAGCCGUCCCCAUGCUGUGUGCUGUCCCCAUGCCCAGAUCUGCCCCCAUGUCGUCCACUGACCCCAUGUCGUCCACCCUGUGUGCCGCCCCGUUGCCGUGCAGUGACCCCGCCCUGUGUGCUGCCCCCAUGUCGUGUGGUGUCCCCCUGUGUCCUGCCCCCAUGCCGUGUGGUGCCCCCCAUGCCAUGUGGUGCCCCCACCAUGUGUCCUGCCCCGUGCCAUGCGGUGCCCCCGUGCCAUGCGGUCCCACCCUGUAUGAUUCCCGGGUGCUGUGGGGUGCCCUCAUCCUGUGGGCUGCCCCCGUGCCGUUUGGUGUCCCCGUCCUCUGUGCUGCCCCCGUGCCGUGGGGUGUCCCCAUCCUGUGUGCUCUCCCGUGCCGGCCGCGGUCCCCGUGGCCAGACCCGAUCGUGA